GCAUGAACCACCGCAGACCAGACGCAUGAUGCAUGGCGGCGGUUUUCAUGGCGGCGGAGGGUGCGACCUACGCACCGACCGAUGCCGGCGGGGAGGUCUUCAUCCCGUAUGUGAGGAACACUUUCCUCUCCCUUCCUCCAUGUUCUGAUGGCCUGCACCCAGGUGCUCGCAGGUGUUGGUCCUUGGAGGAUCUUGAGGGUCCUCAGAAGCGCUAUGCCCGGCAGGUGCAUUCCCUGAUGUUCAAAGUGCAGCCUUUGCCCAAGACCCCUACGACGGACAUUUCAGGUGCCCCUCCCGGCACCGUCUUCAGCUCCGCCUCGGAGCCGGGCUCCGUGACGGGCUCUGAGUCGGUGAUGGAGUCGGUGGCAGAAGAGGAACCCAUCGAGUUGGAGGCAGAGGAGCUGGCGCAAGUACCCCUGGAUGAGGCAGGCGAGCUGACCUCGAUCGGCUCCAUUUUGCACGGAUCUGGCGAGUGCCGCCCCUGCGCCUUCCUAGGCAGCGAACGGCGGCCGUGUACCGAGGGCGUGGCCUGUGUGUUCUGCCACUUCCCGCACGACGCGCGCCGCAAAGUCCGGCUCGGCCGUCGGAAGAGGCGCGAGAUGCGCAUCAGCGCGCGGGCGGCGGUGCGCGCCGCGGGUGCGGAGGGGAUCUCCGCUGCGCCGAGAUACAUUCCAAUCUCUUGGCCGGUGGGGCCUUCAGUGGGGAUCCAACACGAGCCUCGUGAACCUGCAGCCGAACGCAUGUGUGGCUGAGAAAUGAGUCCCCCGCUGCGACUGUAUGGCGCCGGGUGGCACUUCCAGGCUUUUGAGAACUUGUUUGUCAACAGCUGGCAAAGGACCAGUGGGACGUGACAUGGAGAUGUCCUUAGUAGACUGGCAGCCAGAAGGACCCACUUGGCCUAAGUAGAGAAUCUAAGG